AAACUAGGAGGGGAUCUUCAGGGUAUAUAAUCCAAGUACCUUCUAGUCCCUUCAUCAGUUCUCCUCCUAAGACCUGACUAUCCUAACAUGGCGUCCUUCAAGAUUGUGUGUGUCCUCGCCCUGAUGGUUGCCGCCGUCCUGGCCGACACCGACCCUGCACCAGCCACCAACGACCGUACCAAGAAGCAGGUCUACAGUGGAUACUACGGCUCUGGAUAUGGAUCAUACCCCUAUUCUGCUGGUGCUUAUCCCUACAACGCACCCUACUCAGCUCCAUACACUGCUCCAUACACUGCUCCAUACACUGCCCCAUACACUGCUCCAUACACUGCGCCAUACACUGCUCCAUACACUGCGCCAUACACUGCACCAUACACAGCACCCUACUCUGCCGCCGCCUACCCCUACACUGCCGCUGCUGCUACUGCCUACCCUUACAGAGCUGCAGCCGGCUACUUGGGUGGAGCCUACCCUUACACCGGAGUUCCUGCAGUCUACUGAUAAUUCAGUAGAAUACCAAUAGAAUUACUUUUUACCUGAAUCUUUCAAAUGUAAAAUGUGCAAUAUUAAUAAUAAACAAGUGCAAUAUUCUUACA